AUGUCUUCUAAUGCAAAGUCUGGAGAAGUCUUCACGGGAGGUGCUACCACCUCUCAACAUAUCGAGGCCCAAGAUGAUGACCAUUUCCAAAAUACAACCUUUAAGUUGAAGAGAACUAGGUCCUUAGGUUUGUUAGAUGAGUUCAUCGAUCCUGAAAAGCAGCAAGAGCAAAUCGAAAAGAAAAACAACAGCUCAACCGAUUCUGAGCUCCCGCUGUCCCAAAUUGAUGGUUCGGCAGAUCAUGGAGACUCUGAAGUACACGAAGACUCUUCAACGCAUGGAGACUCUACAACGCAUGGAGAAUCUUCUUCUGCCGCUCCUUCUCUGCCCUAUAUAACAUCCCCUGAUCUUAUCCCUCACGAUGAUACGGACUUGGUUGCCGAGCCUUCAAGACAUGUUGACUAUCUCUCUCACGAGUGGGACGUUUCGGAUAUCUCAAAGUCUUGGCGGUAUGUCAUUCAGAGAAGAAAAGAUGUGGCAAAUGCAGCCCGCUUGGAAAAUGCCAGCUGGAGAACUUGGGCACAAAGACGAUCCAAUUUAAAGACUAUCAGUCCAGAAGAAGUUAACUGGUCCAAAGAAAGUGAUGUGACGUGGCUUUAUGGUCCCAUCGUUGAUGACGAUGAAAAUGAUCACGAGACAUGUGCCUCCAACGAAGAUUCCAAGUCCGGCACUGCAACUAGUAUUGUUGCAGGCGAUAUUUCUAUUGCACGUAAAAACCACGGGCCCAAACCCAUCUUGAAGAAACGCACGGUGCAAGACAUGAUGAUCAGUCACCUGAAUUUGUUGAAGUUACAAGUGGCCACUGCUCGAGCUGAGCUGGAACAAAGGCGACGCGAAGAUGCAGAGGCAGAGGCAAGGAGAGAAGCUGCGGCGAAAUCAGGAAAGUCCGACAGACCACCCGAAUACUUCGACUAUGACGUGAUCUCCGCCAAACUCAAUUCGCAAUACAAAAACUAUUCUGGGCCCGGCUCGCUUGCAAAUUCCAACAAUAACAGUGCACUUGAUUUAACACAAGCUCAUUCGCCGGUGGAGGCUACAAACUUAUCGUCCAAAUUGCAGAAGGUAUCCAGCGAAAGGCUGGCCACGGUCGAAAGUACAGAACCUCCGAAAAAGGAAAAACGCCAUAUUCAUUUUAAUGACGAAGUUAAACAGUGCAUUGCCGUCAACGAGUAUUCUGACGAGGACGAGGAUUAUGAUUAUGAUGAUGAAUACGACAAUGACUACGACUAUGGUGAUGAUGAGAGUUACGUUUAUGAGGAUAAUAGCAAUUUCAACGAUGAAGACGAAGACGAUGACUACGAUGAUGAUGAAGAUGAGGAUGACGAAGAAGAUGAAGGUGGAUUUUUCUUGAAAGUGAAGCCUCCUUCUUCAGCAUCUUUGGCGGGCUUAACUUUGCCAGGUUUAUCGUCAGCGUCAACAAAGGAUAAGGAUCAUGAGCGGAGUGAGGAAAGUGAUUCGAUCUCCACCAACAACUCCAAAGUGUACAAGACAAUUCAUCUCUUACCUCCUACCACCUUGAACUAUGGCUCCUCCGACGAAGAGAGUGAUGACUACAAUCCAUAUACAUCCAGUUUAUCGCAUAAUGUCGACAACAGCACGAGCAGAGGCUAUGAUUACUACUACGACUAUAAUACUGUGUACCAGGUGGAUCCAAACCACGCGAUAUACGGCUCGAAAAAGACACCUGACGUGGUGGAUGUCCCGAAAAACAUCACACUUGGGUCUAACUUUGACUACGAAAUAAUACAAAACGAGGAUGCACAGCAGUAUGAAAACACUCCGUUGCACUCAGCCAAGAAUGAGUCUUCUGCAGUUGAUUCAGAUGAAUCUAGCAAGGACUCGAGCAAAUUGCCUGUUUCUUCACUCGAAGACUCUGCAUCUCCGCUGAUAAGGCCUAACCCAUUUUCGCUUCAUGAGCAAGACCAAUCGGAUUCAGACUCUGAUUCCGAAGAUGAUGGGUUGUCUAUCAAUGCGCGAAACUCUAGUCAGUCAUUAGCUCAACUGGUUUUUGGGCAUGCAUUGACUUCAGCAGAUUCCGACCUGAAGAGCACUCCUGCGGAGCAUUAUUAUCCAAAGGCAGAGACAAAACCAAGCGAGGACCAUAUCUCAUCAAUUAACCCACGGUAUUCAUCAACGUCUGUCUCAAGGCAACCACACUCUUCUAGUUCUCUUUCCGACCAGUUCCUAAACACAGGCAUGACCAAAGCCUCAAAUGACACAUCGUUGUCCGACACAUUCUUUAAUAUUAAAGCACCCGAGGCCAAAACUGCUUCCUCACUGUCAUUGACUGAAAGGCAAUCUCCUCCAGUGCAGAAAAAAGCAUCUCCGCUCCCGCCUCACACCACUUCCGCGAAUGCCUUUCUGGGUACAUCUACACCGCCACCGCUGGGCCUGGCACCUAAGAAAGGCUUCAUGUUUGACUCGGACAGCGAUUCAGAAGACGAGUUUAUUGAAAAUGCUUCGCCGCCACCGUCUGGAGACAAAAACACUACGAGCUAUGCAUCGCUUUAUCAAGUAGCUGACCGGAACGGGAUAUCCGUUCCUUCGCAGCCCGAAGGUGAAGAAUCUAGCCAGAAGAAUCGUGUGGGCCUGGCAAUGGUGAACUUUUUGGGCGGGUGGAAUAAGAGUGGCUGA